UCCCUCAAUCGACGUCCAAGCCUUUCUUCCCAGUUGCUUUAAAACAUUGACACUGCUUCGAGGACAUUUCUUGAAUUUCUGUUUCGUACGUCUGCGGACUGACGCACGACAGUACAAAAGCGCUCAAAACCAGCAGUGGUAAGAUUUUGAACAUGGCCGAAGUCUUUAUAUUUGCAUAUUUGUGUUGUGUUUACAAUAUUGCUUGGUUUGUUUAUUUGUAGAAUUGUAGUGUUUUGGCCAACAUUAGGUGAAGCCUUCUCACUUCUAGACGAGACGCUCAACGGGGAUUUGGCUUUAAAUACAAUAUUAUAAUAUCCGGGGAUUGACAUACUGUAUGAUAUAGGAAGCAAUGGAUUGAUUUUAUUCGUCAUAAUAUUUUCGAUAUAAAUAGCAAUCUGCUCUAAACUGUUCUUUCCCGAGGUUCUUCCUAGAGGUUUUAGCGGCAUUCAGCGUUACUACGGGAGAAAACCUAAACUAAACUAACUUCAUUUAUACUGGAUAGCUCUAUCAGUUCUAAACUGUUCUUCCUAGAGGUCCUGUAAGGAUCAUCUCUUAUUGAUCCAGUGUUACUACAGGAGAAAACGUAAAGCUAAACUAACUUUAUUUAUACUGGAUAGCUUUAUCAGUUCUAAACUGUUCUUCCUAGAGAUCCAGUAAGGAUCAUCUCUUAUUGAUCCAGUGUUGCUACAGGAGGAAACCUAACUAAACCAACUUUAUUUAUACUGGAUGGCUCCAUAAUUAUAGAAAUAGCAUUCUUCCAUUAAACAUUUUUCUUUCUUUUCUAACAGGCUGACAUCUCCAAGUCUACAUUUUCCAUGAUGCCUGCUAUGUGGUCAAGCGAAACCUGGUUUUGGCCAGUCACUACAGUCGUAGUUAUAUUCGCUGCAAUAAAACUGGCCAAGCCAAUCGUGCAUACAAUUAUCAAGCCGUACUUUGCCUUCUUCAUGUUUUUCUUCACGAAGUUUUACAACCGAAUGUUGGGGCCGAAGAAAAAAGAACUUUUUGAAACGAUUGAAGAACAUUUGAAAAAAGUGGAAGGUGAUGUGCUCGAGAUUGGCGCGGGGACUGGGGCGAAUUUUGCCUACUACCCGCGCGGCUGUUCCGUGCUUGCCGUGGAACCUAAUCGUCAUAUGAAUUACUACCUCGUUCACACCAAGAAGUACUACCCUCAUGUCAGUCUAAAGGAGUACAUCGUGGGCGUGGCUGAAGAUAUGAAAAAGAUAGAAGAUCAAUCUGUGUCAGCGGUCGUCUCUACGUUGGUGUUGUGUUCUGUCGAGUCAGUAGAGCAAGCUUUGAAGGAGAUCAUCCGAGUUUUGAAACCUGUAAGUUGAAACAAGGUUUGAGCUGCCUGGGGGAAAACAUAUCCUGUGGUACGGUUUCCCAACCGACCUUUUUUGGGUUGUUUAACUACCACCCCUGUUUAUCCUAUGCUUUCUUUAUGAUACAACGCCUGACUCGUUCCCAGUCGCUCGCGUUGGAUGAUGGGAAUGGGUCUAACCCGCGAACGGGCAUAUAAUCUGCCAUGCUAACUCAAAUAUAACGAAGGACUAUGGAAGAAUCGGAUACAACGCGACGUGUUGUGGCAAUAGCCAAUAGGGAGUUUAAGAUGCACCAAACCCGCGUCGCGACGGGAGACUAGUUUUACUUUGUUUUUCUCGUGUCCCUGGUUUUGUUUUUUUACCCGUGAAGUGAAACUGAUAAUAGCGGCAGUUUUUCGUCACGUCCGCGUCGUAGAUUCAUCCGCGUCGUACAGUUAACGCAAUUCGGCAGUUUUUACCCGCGAAGUGAAACUGUGAUAAUAGAGACCUUUAGAUUGACGUUUACGGCAAACGUCAAACCGCUAGCAAGUUUUUAUUUACAACUCUAUUAUAAUAGCUUUUACACCAGUUUUAAAAUAUGUUAAACUUAUUAAACUUAUGCUCUUUAGCAAUGAUCUAAGAAAGCAAAUUAAACACUAGUCAUGCCAUUCACCAAAGCAGUAAAUUAAGAUUUGGCGUUUGAAGUUGGCGUUUGGCGUAUAAAUUUCAUGCUUUAACGACUACAAGCCCUCGUAGCAGUUCAAGCAUGAAAUUUAUACGCCAAACGCCAACUUCAAACGCCAAAUCUUAAUUUACUGCUUUGGUGAAUUGCAUGACUAGUGGUUAAUUUGCUUUCUUAAUUCAUUGCUAAAGAGCACAAGUUUAACAAGUUUAACAUAUUUCAAAACUGGUGUAAAAGCUAUUAUAAUAGAGUUGUAAAAUCAAAAACCUCGCUAGCGGUUUGACGUUUGCCGUAAACGUCAAUCUUAAGGUCUCUAAUAGGGAGUUUAAGCGUCACGUUGGCAAACGGCAGGUUCGGACAUUCUUGGCAAAAUUUUCGUUGAACGUUUUCGUUUCAUAUUUUCUUUCUUGCGUCGAAAGAAUAGCAACGUUAGUUAUAAACACCCGACUAGGAAUCAAAACCUAAUCUUUUUUCAAGUAGUUCAGACACAAAGUACGAUAGCUUAUAUUCCAGAGUACUAACACGCUUAUCCUCCACAUUUUUGUGCCGAAUAUUACAAGUUAAUUUAACCAAGAUUUGCCUUCUAUUCGUUCUAGGGAGGAAGAUUUUACUUUAUGGAGCAUGUAAAAGGUA